GAAAGCGCGUUUCGUUGGAGUCGUUAAACGAAUUCGUUAGAUCGUAAGUGUACAGUGGAAGUUGGUGAAUUUUUCAGUGAGUGCUUUAAGUGGUAUUGACGUGAUUUCAUACAGUGCACGUUGGAUGAAGCAGGUAUAAGGUUCGGCCUACAACGCAAGACCAGGACUAUGACGUAAUUCAAUAAUAUGUCAUCUGUGGCCUUAAUUUGACAAGAUGGCGCGAGGACUCAUCUUCCUUGCGGUGGUUUUGACGACGGUUAUACCGGGACACUGCGCUCAUAGACAUGGCCAUGACAUUUCUACUGAAGAUCCAGAACUGGCAGAUACACACCAUGACAACACCACACACCAUGGCAAGGAACGUGCUGGAUGGUCACAGUGGAGUGAGUGGUCGCUAUGUUCAAGGACGUGUGAUGGAGGCGUUUCGAGACAGCUUCGAACCUGCUCAUCACCAGUUGGUUGUAGGGGAGAGCCUGUGCGGUACAAAAUAUGUAAUAUGCAGCCAUGCCGCGCAAACGUAUCUCUUCUAGAAGAAGACAUAUGGAGGGAACAGCAGUGUAGCGCACAUGACAAUACUCCUUACGGCGGUGAACUCUUCCACUGGCGUGCUCAUCGUGAUGAUGCAGAACCCUGUGCGUUGACAUGCCGGGGAACUCCACAACAUUCCGGCUUAAAGCCUGAACCGACAGUAACGUUGGAUGAUGAGGAUCGCGUGGUGGUAGCUGUACUAGCUCCCAGAGUAUCGGAUGGUACAAGAUGCCGGCCUGGUAGCCUCGAUAUGUGCAUUGAUGGACGAUGUCAGCGCGUCGGCUGCGAUCUACGGGUCGGGUCGACCCGACGAGUGGACGAAUGCGGUGUUUGCGGCGGCGACGGCUCGUCCUGCUCACGCCCGCGUUACCACUGGCUGUCUACACCUGGGUCUUUGUGUUCAGCAACGUGUGGGGGAGGGUAUAAAAUGUCGCUAGCUGUGUGCAGGGAUCGAUUGACGGGUUUAGAUGCUCCAGAACAACUUUGUGAUGGAUCAAGCAAGCCUUCCUCGUCCGUAGUGCGAUGUAACAUGCAUCCAUGUCCGUACAAAUGGUACGUUGGUGAGUGGUCAUCCUGCAGCAUGACAUGUGGUGGUGGAGUUCGAACGAGAAGAGUUUUGUGCGCCAGGUCAGCAAAUGUUACACGAGCUGACACUUAUGAUCCAGAAUCAAGCUCAGAGCCGGGUUGCGUGUCUCCACCCCCGCGGUCUACACAGGACUGUAAUGAGCAGGAAUGCCCAACUUGGAUUGCCGGCGCCUGGUCAGGGUGCUCAGUAUCCUGUGGUGAAGGAGUACAAGUAAGGGGCGUGGAAUGCUCCCCUUCGGGUGGAAUGUGUGAUCCUUCCACCAGACCUGAGAUAUCCAGGUCGUGUUCCACCGGUAUCAGCUGUCCAGCGUAUCGCCAAGUGGAAUUACCUGAGGACGAUAUAGAAGAUCUGCUACCAGGAGUGGUAUAUCAUACUCAACCGCUAAUACAGCCUUAUCCACCACCACAGGCGAAGGCUGAACAGCUUAUUGGAGAACCAGAUGUUCCAGUAGAGGCCACCUACAUCAAGGACGAUGAAUGGGGCCCGUGUAGUGUUACUUGUGGUGAGGGAUGGAGGAAAAAGGAGGUUCACUGCAAGAUAUUUCUAGAAUUCAGUAGAACGAUUGCGAAACUACCAGAUAGCAAGUGUAUGGGCCCUAAGCCUACUGAGGAAACACAGAGAUGUGUAAUGGAGCCCUGCUCGAUGGCAUAUGGAACAUCGUUUGGAGACUCGAGUGCCCCGUCAUAUGGAGGGGAUAGCAGAUCUCUAAUAUUUGGAACUUCGAGUAACAUUCGGGUGGCUCCGGGUUCGCCUGGGAAAUCCUACUCGUGGAAAGAAAAGGGAUAUACAAGUUGCAGUGCGUCUUGUCUAAGUGGUGUACAGGAACUAAUUAUCCAAUGCGUGAGAGACGAGGAUGGUAAAAAUGCAUCUCCAUACAUGUGCGAUCCACUUACGAAGCCAGAAAAUAGAGUGAGGACCUGCAAUGAUCACCCCUGCCCGCCCAGGUGGAACUACACAGACUUUUCGCAGUGCACAAAGUCCUGUGGCAUUGGUAUACAGACGAGAGAAGUCACGUGUAUUCAUGAGGUAACUCGGGGGGGUACAAACACAGUAGUGGUACCGAACAGUAUGUGCCCGCAGCCACCUCCACCUGAUCGUCAAUACUGCAACGUCCUUGACUGUCCUGUGCGAUGGCAUAGUGGUGAAUGGACCAAGUGUUCUAAAACCUGCGGAGGAGGGGUUAAGCAGAGGGAGGUUAUAUGUAAACAAGUAAUGGCCCAAUCUCAUGUGGUAGAGCGCCCUCCCUCACAAUGCAACUCUCCACGACCUGCUUCAACCAAACCCUGCAAUAGUCGACCAUGCCUUUUGGACACAUCAGCGCCAGAAAUAUCCUUGGCUAACUCGUCAUAUAUUCAACAUGACCCUAAGAAGAAAAAGGUGACAGUUAAAGUUGGUGGAUCAGCGACAAUAUUUUAUGGGACUCAAGUAAAAAUCAAAUGUCCUGUUAAAGGAUAUAAUAGAACCAAAAUACAGUGGGCAAAGGAUAGUCAAAUAAUAUCGAAGUCUAAAAAGUAUAAGAUUUCGAAAAAGGGCGCAUUACGGAUAACGUCGUUAUCACUACGAGAUCAUGGAGUCUACACGUGCGUAGCUGGAAGAUCGAGUGCAAACCUUACGUUAUUGGUCAAACCGAGGCCUGGAGAAUUCCCAUCCAGUGAGGAAAUAGAGAGGCACAAAGCUUUAGACGAGCCGUCUUCACCAUUGGCAGACCGUACCGAUGGGCGCUAUCGGGCAAUGAUCGGCGGAAGAUCAGACGAUCAAUCGCAUGAACAGAGACCGGGAGAACAGAAAAAGAAUUAUAAGGGCAGGCAAAAAGGCAAAGUUGAUAAAGUUCGAGACGCCUUAUACGGAAGUGCAAGUACGAGUACAAAAGCCUCGCCGAGCUUCAACUCGCAGGCCCGGGACAUUUAUGAUGAGAAUGAGGAGAGUGCUAUAUCAUCCCGGAUGCUCCCGCCCAAUAGCAGUGGCGCCUCACAACUCUUGCCGUGUCUGCAUUUCCUUGUCAUGCAACUUCAGAUGUUCUGGAAUUUUCAGACCACAGGCAAUUCGAGAGGUCAAAGAAUGGCAGAUCCUGUUGUAAUGUACCAAAAUUACGGGACGCCGACGAAGACUCGCAUCGUGAGCUUUGACAACAAACAAAUCGUCUUUCCCGAAGACGAUGACUCUGAUAUCAUCAUCGUUAAUGAAGAUUACCAAAAGAAUACAAAAGAAGAACACCUGGAUGUUGGUGACUUGAUUGAAUCCACAACUGCUACGGAAAGGACGCUCCCAAGCGACGCCCACGAAUACACCUGGAUGACAACUGACUGGUCGCCGUGCAAUGCUCCCUGUGGUGCAACAGGUCACGAAGUUAGGGGAGCGGUGUGUCAGCAUAAAAUAGGGAAUGAAACAGCGACAGUGGAGACGGAAGAAUGUCUGACAAGGAUAGCAACACAACCCACUGUUCUUCGCGAAUGUGUCGGCGGCAGUUGUGCCACUUGGAGUAUUUCUUCCUGGUCUCCUAUUCGAUGCUUGUCUAGUGGAAUUGCGAUAUCUCGUCGUCGAGUUGAAUGUGUAGCAGAGAACGGAACUACACUAGCGGAUCCUGCGUGCUCGUUCUCUUCUCGACCUGAGAGGAUUCACCGGGAGGCAGUCCGGUGCCAGCCGGUUUGGGUCGUGGGAUCUUGGAGUAAGUGCAUAGGAACCUGCGGUGUGACAGGCAGACAGCAUCGUGUGUUGCGCUGCGUAUGGCGGUUCCCAGACAUGCGCAGGCGUGCCAAGAAAGAACGCCCUGCUGCUCUUUGUACUGGCGUUAGGCCAGAUGUUGCUAGAGAAUGCCAUAUGUCUUGUAAUCAAGAUGGCGUGUGCAAAGACACGUCCCGUUUCUGCGAAAACGUACGCGCAAUGAACAUGUGCGCAGUACGACGAUACAAGGAGCAUUGUUGCAAAACUUGCAACGAUUAAAUAGACUGUUUUAUACGUAUUCUGUAUUUGAUAGUUUUAAUUAAAGGCCAAAAGUGGUACAAUUUAAAAUAUAAAAAAUCUAUGAAAGAUGUAGCCUUCGCUGAAUCCGCUCUCUACCGAAGUUUUCAAGAAUUUAUUCCAUUUUCUGUGUUUCCAUAGAAAAAAUAAAAGCAAUUUCUAUACAAAAAAAAAACAAUUUUUGUCUAUAGAUAAUGACAAAAGUUUAAUUAAUCGAAAAUAUGCUGAACCAACCUCUCUGAAAAUCUCUAAAAAAACCUAAAUUAUUUGUCUUUAUAUUUUUGUAAUUGUACCAUUUUUCGCAAUAAAAUUUUA